CCACAAGAAUGGCACAGAUGCGGAAGUAAAAGUGCUUUAACUCCCCUCUUUGUUUGUGUCCCAGGCUCGGACCCUGGGAGAACAGUCACACUCCUCUGAGCCCGCUGGUGUUAAAUAAUCUCUGAUCCACAAGGUCUCCCAGUGCUGCACAGUUCCUCGGCCAGGAUCCAGCCCGGUCCUAGAACAGUUUCCAGAUGCACAGGCUCUGUUGGUGUCCUUAAGAGCACUUUCCCCCGAUACUGCUGUGAUUUCUCCGCAGAUAUCUUGUGGAAAAAAAUCCAGAGGACAAAAGGAAAGGAGAAAUGGCCAGUUCUCAGGGACAGCUGACAUUCAAGGAUGUGGCCAUAGAAUUCUCUCAGGAGGAGUGGGGACACCUGACCCACACUCAGCGGCAACUGUACAGGGAUGUGAUGUCGGAGAACUACGGACACCUCUGCUUCUUGGGUCUCACUGUGUCAAAGCUGGACCUGAUCACUUUUUUGGAGCAAAAGAAGCAGCUCUGGGAUGUGAAGAGAAAGGAGACCAUAGGCUUCCAUCCAGGUAGGUGGGAAUGAAUGAGGCAGAUGACAGAGGGGAGGUCCAAGUCUGAAGGAGGAACAUAGACCUUAAGCUGUGGUUCCACUAGCUGUCCUUGAAUGAAAAUCAGCUGGAGACAUGCUCGGUUUUAUUUCUCUCAUGC